CCCAGAUCGAGCUAGAGAUCGGUUUCUGCGUGUCGGCGACCUGUCUAGGGUCUGUAAGGUCUACAAAUCUCGAGUUCUCCAAACCUCCGGGGUCUCCCUUCAGGUUCCCGUUUUAUUCUGUAUGGAUUCUGCAGGCGGUGGAAUGUCUUGGUCCGGCCUUCUCCGUGGCCUUAGCAUGUCCCUAAAUUAUGGCCUAGCCCUGGCCCCCCGGCCUUGGUCCAUGCGUCCUAUGGCCACCCUGAACCAGCUACACCGUCGGGGCCCCCCGAAGUUUCCGCCUUCGAAACCAGGCCCAACGGAGGGCCGGCCACAGCUGAAGGGCGUGGUCCUGCGCACCUUUAUCCGCAAGCCCAAGAAGCCCAACUCAGCCAACCGCAAGUGUUGCCGCGUGAGGCUCAGCACUGGCCGGGAGGCCGUCUGCUUCAUCCCCGGAGAGGGCCACAACCUGCAGGAGCACCAUGUGGUCCUCGUACAGGGUGGCCGCACGCAGGACCUGCCGGGUGUCAAGCUCAAGGUUGUGCGUGGCAAGUAUGACUGUGGCCACGUGCAGAAGAAGAAGUGACUGUGGGGGACCCGGUGGGUGGAUCAUCACGCAGGAGAACUUUCUUUCCCUUGGUGCACCUGCAGUGCCCUCAGGAAGCAAGUCCAGCUCUAGAAGUAGCUGGUCUGGGUUCAAAGCCCAGACCAGUGGACCCUUAACCCAUAGAGGUCCUGGGUGCCCCUCUCCCAACACCCUUGGCUUCCAUGCUGGCUCCAGCAACCUCUUCUGCUGAGACAAGACUCUGUACUGCCAUCUACUGGGGAGGGGUUGCAAUAAAGACCCCAGCCCCCAAGGUUUGUGACCUGAACCCUCUUGUGUGGUAUUCACCCUCUUUGUGGUCUUGGCAACUGGACAUCCCCCCUGGCCUCAAUUUCCUUCACCAGAAAAAAAAUAACUCCACUCACAGUAUCCCCUCUGUUGGAUUUGGUGACGAUUAAACCAGAUGCUUUUACGUGUAUAAUA